UGAAAAUCUUUUAAUAUCAUGUUCAAAUCAUCCCGUAGAAUUCUAAAUGACGGAAUAAUUCCCAUAUUAAAAGAAUCAAAUCAUCCUCCAUCUUAUUUUAUUUCACUUAUUAGAAAUAAAUUAGCGCAAUACAAAAUUUCACCAUUUAAAUAUACCUUUAUAAAAGUCGUCCCAUUUUUUCCAUUAGAAGAUAAUAUUAAAGGUGUUGAGAUCAUAAGUGUUGGGCAAGGUUUUAAAAUUUUUGAUCAACUCUGCCAAACAAAUCAAAGAAUAUGUUGUACUGGUAUUAUGGGAAGACAAACCAAAGAUUUUACAGAAAAUGGCAUAUUAUUAUCAUCUAAGCCAUAUCAUAAUAUAUCCUUGUUUGAUUUAAAAACUGCCUUAGAAUUAAUUAAAGGUGAAAAAUGUUAUCUUUUAAGUGAUGAUUUAGAAUCAUCAACUCAUGAUUCAUCUAAAACCCAUCUUCAUUUAAAUUCUACAAGUAUUGACAAUCAAAUUAAUUUUCAGUCUAAUAUAAAUAGCACUAUAAUUAUCAAUAUUAAGAAUGUAGAAAUAAUUAAAUUUCAACCACCUUUUUUCCAACUUGAUUUUACCUUAAGUGGGUCAUUAGGGAAUAGCCAUCAAGGUAGAAAUCAGUCCUUAUCUAUCAAAUCAGUUAUUCAUAAAAUUGGACAAAUUCUAUAUCCACAGAAAAAUGAAUUAAGAUCAUCUUUACAAGGAAUAGGGGCAGCUCUUUGCUUAGAUAGGAAUAAAUUUAAUACUUCAAACACAUUUAAUUUUGAUAAUAUAUUUGAACAAAGUGGUCCAGUUAGAUAUAAUUUUGGGCCAUUUAAUCUUUCCGAUUGUUUAAAAGAAAGUGAUAUCAAAGAUGAUUUAAUGAAUAAUAUGGACACUGAUGAAGGUUUAUUAAUAAAAACUUUAAAGAAAUAUAAAGUUGACAUUAAUCAGAAUAAUUAUAACAAUAAUUUCAAUAUUCAAAAUAAAGAAUUGUUUAGAAAUUAAAAUAUAUUAUGUAUUAAUGUUAUUUUAUAUUUUAAUAUACAUUUUUUAAUGAAUUGUAAUAUUUUCUUAAUCAGUAUCAUAUAUAAUAUAUCUGUGAUAAACCGUAUUUUAAAAAAUGCAAAAUAUUUUUUAAUGUAAAAUCUAAAUAUAUAUCAAAUUAUAUUUACAUAUGAUAUUUGAUAACUAUAACUUCUGACCAAUUUGAUAACUCCUCCAGAGCUUGUA